AUGGGCAGGUCACGUGGUCCGCCGCCGCUGGUGGAAACCUGCCGCUGGUGUAACGUUACUGAAAUGGUAGAAAAGGAGGAGGAAAAAGAGGGACAACAAGUGGCCAAGGUGACUCUCCAGACCAGGUUUGAUCUGAGCUGCAGGCCAAUGUGUGUUGGGGUGUGUUUGUUUUGGGGGGUGACGGAUCUCCGUGUGUCCUCAGGGCCCUCCCGCCUCCUCAUGUCCUCCGGGGGGGGCUUCCCCGGGCGCCCUGAUCGGGAACGCCGGGCGCCGCUCUACGACCCGGUUCCCCUCGACCCCCCAAACCGGACCGCCUCCCCCGGGCCGGCGCCGCCACUCCCCCACCAGCCGCCCGUGGGGUUGCCGGGGCAACGGGACGACCCCGACGACGACCCCGACGACCACGACCUGGACCUGAACCUCGACCCCGCCCUGGACAUCAAACCCGUGCACCGCUUCAUCCCCGACUCCUGGAAGGACUUUUUCCGGGGGAGCAACCGGGGGAGCAGCGCCAAGUGGUCCUCCGGUAACCACGACAACAACAACAGCAGCAGCUCCGGCGUGCGCUGCUCGCCCCCCCGCUCGCCGCCCGCCUCCCACCGUGACCCGUAUGGCGGCUCGGCCGGGAGCUACGACUCCAGCAAGGAGCUGCUGGGCGCCGUUGCCUCGGCGACGGCGGCGCUGAGCUACGGCGAGCGCGUGGAGGAGUACCACCAGCGCUACGCCUACAUGAAGUCGUGGGCGGGGCUCCUGCGCAUCCUGGGCUGCGUGGAGCUGCUGCUGGGCGCCGCCGUGUUCGCCUGCGUCUGCGCCUACGUGCACAAGGACAACGAGUGGUUCAACAUGUUCGGGUACUCGGCGCCCGGCGGCGGGGCGUACGGCGGGGGUUUCUAUGGCGCCGGCGGGGGGGGCGGCGCCUACUACAGCGGGCCCAAGACGCCCUUCGUGCUGGUGGUGGCCGGCCUGGCCUGGGUGGUCACCGUCAUGGUGCUGGUGCUGGGCAUGACCAUGUACUACCGCACCAUCCUGCUGGACUCCAACUGGUGGCCCCUCACAGAGUUCGUCAUCAACCUGGCGCUCGCCGUGCUCUACAUGGCGGCCGGCAUCGUCUACGUGCGGGACACCACGCGGGGGGGGCUCUGCUCCUACCCGGUCUUCAACAACGGCAUCAACGGGGCGUUCUGCCGCACCGAGGCCGGCCAGACGGCCGCCAUCAUCUUCCUGUUCGUUACCAUGGUGACGUACCUGAUCGGCGCCAUCGUGAGCCUGAAGCUGUGGCGCCACGAGGCCAACCGCCGCUACCGGGAGCGCUACGGCCAGGAGGUGGCGCCCUCCGAGAUGCGGGUGGUGCUCUCAGCGAACCGGGCUCUGACUAAAGCCCUCUAA